CUUUGGUCACCCAAGUUCAAGUUAAUGGAUCAGGGUCCUACGUAUAUAAAAAGUCUAGCUUGAGUCUUUUCAGUGGCGUCCUUGCCUUUCUAAUCAUAGAUACUCCUCCUCAGAUAUUGUGUAUUAGAUCUGCAAAAUGAUAACCAUAUUUUUGGUCUGGGGGAUAGUUGUAGCAGUGUGUUGUUAUUUAUGGCCGAUUUUUGGAAUAAGGAAAAGGAAAAUGGGCGAACCACCUCUAGAGAAUGGGUUGAUUCCAUACUUGGGCUGUGCCUUGCAAUUUGGUGCCAAUCCUCUAGAGUUCCUCAGAGAAAAUCAAAGGAAACAUGGUCAUGUUUUUACCUGCAAACUAGUGGGAAAAUAUGUCCACUUUAUCACAAAUCCCUUGUCAUAUCACAAAGUAUUGUGCCAUGGAAAAUAUUUUGAUUGGAAAAAAUUUCACUUUGCUACUUCUGCAAAGGCAUUUGGGCACAGAAGCAUUGACCCGAAUGAUGGAAAUACCACUGAAAACAUAAACGACACUUUCAUCAAAACCCUGCAGGGCAAUGCCUUGAAUUCUCUCACAGAAAGCAUGAUGGAAAACCUCCAACUUACCAUGAGACCUCCAGUCUUUUCUAACUCCAAGAUCUCUGCCUGGGUGACAGAAGGGAUGUAUUCCUUCUGCUACCGAGUGAUGUUUGAAGCUGGGUAUUUAACUCUCUUUGGCAGAGAUCUUACAAGACAAGACGCACAAAGAACACAUAUUCUAAACAACCUUGACAACUUCAAGCAAUUUGACAAAGUCUUUCCAGCCCUGGCAGCAGGCCUACCCAUUCACCUGUUCAAGACGGCACACAAUGCCCGGGAAAAACUAGCAGAGAGCUUGCGACACGAGAACCUUCAAAAGAGGAAUCACAUCUCAGAACUGGUCAGUCUGCGUAUGUUUUUGAACGACACAGUGUCCACCUUUGAUGACCUGGAGAAGGCCAAGACGCACCUUGCCAUCCUCUGGGCAUCGCAAGCCAAUACCAUUCCGGCAACUUUCUGGAGCUUACUUCAAAUGAUUAGGAACCCGGAUGCAAUGAAAGCAGCUACUGAAGAAGUGAACAAAACACUAGAGAGUGCUGGCCAAAAAAUCAGCUUUGAGGGCAGCCCUAUUUGUUUGAAUCAAAUGCAACUGAAUAACCUGCCGGUACUAGAUAGUAUCAUCAAAGAGUCUCUGAGACUUUCCAGUGCCUCCCUGAACAUCAGGACAGCUAAGGAGGAUUUCACUUUGCACCUUGAGGGUGGUUCCUAUAGCAUCCGAAAAGACGACAUCAUAGCUCUUUAUCCACAGUUAAUGCACUUAGAUCCAGAAAUCUACCCAGAUCCUUUGACUUUUAAAUAUGACCGCUAUCUUGAUGAAAAUGGGAAAACAAAGACCACCUUCUAUAGUAAUGGACUCAAGUUAAAAUAUUACUAUAUGCCCUUUGGAUCAGGAGCUACAAUAUGUCCUGGAAGAUUAUUCGCUGUGCACGAAAUCAAGCAAUUUUUGAUUCUGAUGCUUUCCUAUUUUGAACUGGAACUUGUAGAGAGCCAUGCUAAAUGUCCACCUCUAGACCAGUCCCGUGCAGGCUUGGGCAUUUUGCCACCAUUAAAUGAUAUCGAGUUUAAAUAUAAAUUCAAACAUUUGUGAAUACAUGGUUGGAAACAGGGGACAUUAGAUGACAUUACAGGACUGCAGGAUGCCAACACUAAACAGUCCCUUUGGA